AUGUUGAAUUUUAGCCAAUCCAAGGUUUACGCGGCCUGCUUUGGAGGGAGGUGGAGUCAAGGCAAUGAAGAUUUCGGAGGUGGAUAUGAAUAUGGACAUCUUGGAGAAGGAAAAUCCAGCGAACACUUUGGAAGCGGAGGAUUCAGUGAUAAACAUUUUGGAAAUCACCAAUUUGGAGAUUCAGGUGAUAGUGGUCAUAUCCACUACUUUAAAGGUUCUGGAAAAAGUAGUCAAGGAUUUGGAACUUCUGGAGGCAGUGAUCUCAGUCACCACCACUCUGGAAUGAUCGACAGCGAACUAGACACUCAUCAUGAAGGUCUUGAAAGCUCUGACGAUCAAGAGGGCAGUUUAGGAGGUUCCAGCGAAUUCUCCGGAUAUAGCAGCGGUCUGGACAGUCGUGGAGGAAGUCAAACCAGUAGUUCAGGAAGUGGUCACAGUCCCGGAAAGAGUCUCGGAAGUUCCGUCGUUAGCGUUGGUCACUUCGACUUCGACGAGCACUCGUCCGCUGGAAAUGACGACCAAUGGAAGGGUUUAAAAUAA